AGUGAGCAGCCAAUUGAACGGCGCAGACAUUAAUCACUGUCCUUGACCUCCAGAGCCACCUGUCAACACAUCAACACACCUCUUGUUUAAAAGCGAUGACUUCCCACACCGCAGCUGUUUGAACGAGGCAUGGAGCGGGUCUAGAAAUGACAGCACACCAGUUAUACAGGGACAGGGACUGGUAAUGAAUGAACUUGUGCACAGUGUGACCCGCCUUGUGUCUGCAGCAGCUGGACUGAGGGGAUGACAUUCGCUGCCACCACCAGGAUGCUCCUCCAGUGGUGCCACAAAGAGGCCCUCUCCCACUCUGCCCUCCGCUCGGUGCUCUUCAUGUCAUUAAUGCUGCUGGUCCUGUCUGUGUCCCUGUAUCCUGGGUUGUGGUCCAUUGGCGUCCGGCUUCACUCAGCCCUCACGGGGAGCUACGUGCCAGGCCACCACUCGGUGCUGCUCCUCAACAGCCCCAACGAACAGGCAGCCAAAGACAUCGGCAGGGCGAUCAUGGAGAGGCGGCUGGCAGCCAGUGUUAACAUUCUCUGCAGGACCUCCACAAUGUACUAUUGGAAAGGCGAAAUCCAGGAUGCAAGUGAAAUUCUGAUGCUGGUGAAAACAAAGACCUCCCGGAUCCAGCAAGUCACAGAUUACGUGAGGUCUGUGCAUCCCUAUGCAAACCCAGAAGUCCUUAGCUUCCCGGUGGAGGACGGCAGCUUGGCUUACAUGAAGUGGAUGGAUGAGGCCAUUCCAGAUGACUGAUGCAUCACUAGAAUCAAAUCCACUCUCAGCAGCAGCAGCAGCAGCAGAAGGAGGAAAACAGCGAUUUGUGUGCACGCUGUUGUUUGAAGGCUUUCGGAUCACUGUGGUGGAGCACUCGACUGAACCAAAGUUCACUACAUGACAUUUACAUUAUUUCAUCUUGCUGCUCUGAUCUUUUCACAGUGAAUUCCACAAUAGACUGUGGAGAGUGUGGAGAUUUCAGCCUUUAUACGAGGUUUAUACCAGAGCCUCAGAAAAUACAUGUUUCUGAUUGACUGCCAGCUGUCAAUCAUAAUUGUAUAACACGACGGGGGAGGGGGGGGGGGAGCAGAUCCAGUCGACCACUGCAGAAACUGACACAACAUGGAUUAAAGCGACUGCUAACUAACUUUUGAAGGUGGACAAUUUUUUCAUCAUGCAUUCUUCCUCCACCUCUUGCAUUAUUGAUUUCAUAUGGAUACACUUCUUAUACAGGUAACGCUCUCCUCUAACAGCAGUAAUACUUUACGGAUAAUUACGAAACUUGGUGGAAAGAUGCGGUAUGGGUCAGGAAAGAACCCCUUACCUUUGGUGUUGAUAUGGAUCAGGUGGCAGAUCUUUUUUUUUUUCAUUUUCUUUAACAUUGCGAAAUUGGGUGUUUUUCAACAUUUUAAUUGAUUUAUCGAAUCUUUUUUUUUUUUUUAAACAGGCAUAUAUCAGGGGACUGAUAUUUAUGAGUGUGUCCAAUUUGGUGCAGAUCCAAAUAAAAAUGCGGAUACAGUGAAUUUAAAUGUGUUUCCAUAAGUUGGGCCUCAGCUGAGUGUCAAUCUAAUGCUGUUUGUUAUUAUUGAGAAUUUGCAUUUGCAGUUUUGGAACAUAUUAAGGGUAUGACAAUAUAUAGCACAAGGGAGAUUGGUUUGUCAUUGUCACUUUUAGCCUCUUUCUGAACAUAUCAUUGCCCAUACAUGCGUACCUACACACAUAUAUUACCUGAUAUGUCGUGUUGUGAAUUGGAAAGUCAGCUGCGCUUUAGCAAAACGCUGAGUCCUCACAAAAAAUAAACUUGCUCAGCAACAUUGGAAGGAACAUGAUGUCAGAGCAACGUGCAGGUACCUAGCGUUCAAUACUUGAUUGAUUUAUCAGGCAGUAUAAGAGGAACACAGACCCGUGUGGCGGGCGCGUGCAGCCUUACUAUUUC